CACGUGACCGGGUGACAGCGCUUGCAGGACUGCAAGGCUCGGUUUAGGUGUUGCUGCCCACACGGGAUGGCGGAGGCACCUCCUGUCUCAGGUACUUUUAAAUUCAAUACGGAUGCUUCUGAGUUCAUUCCUCAGGAGAGAAAAAAUUCUGGUCUAAAUUGUGGGAGUCAGAGAAGACUAGAUUCUAAUAGGAUUGGUAGGAGAAAUUACAAUUCACCACCUCCAUGUCACCUCUCCAGGCAAGUCCCUUAUGAUGAGAUUUCUGCUGUUCAUCAGCACAGUUAUUCUUCAGGAAGCAAGCCUAAGAGUCAACAGACUUCUUUCCAAUCAUCUGCUUCUAAUAAAUCACUAAAGAGCCUUCAGAAUCAACCUGGACAGAAAUUGAGGAGUGAAAAGCAGCAUAUCAGAGUAAAGAGAGUACAGAGUCUCACUGACCAGAUCUCAGAUGCAGCUGCCUUAGAAAGUGUGGCCAGAUCAGAGAGUGGGACAAAGCCCAGAGAGUAUAGCCCUGCUGAAAGUGAGAAGGAAAUUGUUGGCGCAGAUCCCAGGGGAGCAAAACCCAAAAAAGCAACCCAGUUUGUAUACAGCUAUGGCAGAGGACCAAAAGUCAAGGGGAAACUCAAAUGUGAGUGGGGUAACAGAAUGACUCCCAAACCGGAGGAUGCCGGACCUGAAAAUUCCAAGCCUGUGGGGGUUAUCCAACCUGACUCCUCAGAUGUACCCUUUAGAAAAGGAGUACUGGAUGGGUCUGGGGCCCGACGCAACGAGCAGAGAAGACACCCACAGAAAAGGCCUCCCUGGGAAGUGGAGGGGGCCAGGCCACGCCCAGGCAGGAAUCCACCAAAACAGGAAGGCCAACGGCAUGCAAAUGCAGGACCCAGAAACAACAUGGCACCUAUUCCAAAGGAUAAUCUUAAUGAAAGACCAGCAAAAUCGGUCUGUGACAAUGGGAACUUGGCUGUCGUCAACAAGUCUUCCAGAAGGGUUAACCUGGAGAAAUGUGCUGUAAGGAGGCAGGAUUCUCCAGUAGCAUCUUUCCACCGAGGCAAACAGAACCCCGUGCUAAAGAAUGUGGAGACACACACAGGUUCUCUAGUUGAACAGCUAACUACAGAAAAAUAUGAGUGCAUGGUGUGCUGUGAAUUGGUUCGUGUCACGGCUCCAGUCUGGAGUUGCCAGAGCUGUUACCAUGUGUUUCAUUUGAACUGCAUAAAAAAGUGGGCAAGGUCUCCAGCCUCUCAAGCAGAUGGCCAGAGUGGUUGGAGGUGCCCUGCCUGUCAGAAUGUUUCUGCGCAUGUUCCUAAUACCUACACUUGUUUCUGCGGCAAGGUAAAGAAUCCUGAAUGGAGCAGAAAUGAAAUUCCACAUAGUUGUGGAGAGGUUUGUAGAAAGAAACAGCCUGGACAGGACUGCCCACAUUCCUGUAACCUUCUCUGCCAUCCUGGACCUUGCCCACCCUGUCCUGCCUUUAUGACUAAAACAUGUGAAUGUGGACGGACCAGGCACACAGUUCGCUGUGGUCAGGCUGUUUCAGUCCACUGUUCUAACCCAUGUGAGAAUGUUUUGAACUGUGGUCAGCACCACUGUGCUGAGCUGUGCCAUGGGGGUCAGUGCCAGCCUUGUCGGAUCAUAUUGAACCAAGUAUGCUACUGUGGCAGCACCUCCCGAGACGUGUUAUGUGGAACAGACAUAGGAAAGUCUGAUGGAUUUGGGGAUUUUGGCUGUUUGAAGAUAUGCGGCAAGGUUUUGAAAUGUGGGAACCACAUGUGCUCCCAGGUGUGCCACCCUCAGCCCUGCCAACCGUGCCCUCGGCUCCCCCAUCUGGUGCGCUGUUGCCCUUGUGGGCAAACUCCUCUCAGCCAAUUGCUAGACCUUGGAAGUAGUGGUCGGAAAACGUGCAUGGAUCCUGUCCCUACAUGUGGAAAAGUGUGCGGCAAGCCUCUGCCUUGUGGUUCCUUAGAUUUCAUUCAUACCUGUGAAAAACUUUGCCAUGAAGGAGACUGUGGACCAUGCUCUCGCACAUCAGUUAUUUCCUGCAGAUGCACUUUCAGAACAAAGGAGCUUCCAUGCACCAGUCUCAAAAGUGAAGAUGCUACAUUUAUGUGCGACAAGCGGUGUAACAAGAAACGGUUGUGUGGACGGCAUAAAUGUAAUGAGAUAUGCUGUGUGGAUAAGGAGCACAAGUGUCCUUUGAUUUGCGGGAGGAAACUACGUUGUGGCCUUCAUAGAUGUGAAGAACCUUGUCAUCGCGGAAACUGCCAGACAUGCUGGCAAGCUAGUUUUGAUGAACUAACCUGCCACUGUGGUGCGUCAGUGAUCUACCCUCCAGUUCCCUGUGGUACCAGGCCCCCUGAGUGUACCCAGACCUGUGCCAGAAUCCAUGAGUGUGACCAUCCAGUAUAUCAUUCUUGUCAUAGCGAAGAGAAGUGUCCCCCUUGUACUUUCCUAACUCAGAAAUGGUGCAUGGGCAAACAUGAGUUACGAAGCAACAUCCCAUGUCACCUGGUUGACAUCUCUUGCGGAUUACCCUGCAAUGCUGCACUACCAUGUGGGAUGCACAAGUGUCAGAGACUCUGUCACAAAGGGGAGUGUCUUGUGGAUGAGGCCUGCAAGCAGCCCUGCACCACUCCCAGAGCUGACUGCGGCCACCCAUGUAUGGCACCCUGCCACUUCAGCUCACCCUGCCCUGUGACUGCCUGCAAAGCCAAUAUUGAGCUGCAGUGUGAAUGUGGACGAAGAAAAGAAAUCAUGAUUUGCUCUGAAGCAUCCAGUACUUAUCAAAGAAGAGCUGCUAUUUCCAUGGCCUCUAAAAUAACAGACAUGCAUCUUGGAGAUUCAGUGGAGAUCAGCAAGUUAAUUACUAAAAAGGAAAUUCACCAAGCCAGGCUGGAGUGUGAUGAGGAGUGUUCAGCCUUGGAAAGGAAAAAGCGGUUAGCAGAGGCAUUUCAUAUCAGCGAUGAUUCUGAUCCUUUCAAUGUACGUUCUUCAGCAUCAAAAUUCAGUGAUAGUUUGAAAGAAGAUGCCAGGAAGGACUUGAAGUUUGUCAGUGAUGUUGAGAAGGAAAUGGAAGCCCUUGUGGAAGCCGUGAAUAAGGGAAAGAAUAGUAAGAAGAGCCACUUCUUCCCUCCCAUGAACAGAGACCACCGCCGGAUCAUCCACGAACUGGCCCAAGUGUAUGGCCUGGAGAGCGUGAGCUAUGACAGUGAACCGAAGCGCAAUGUCGUGGUCACUGCAGUCAGAGGGAAGUCCGUUUGUCCUCCUAUGAUGCUGACAGGUGUGCUGGAAAAGGAAAUGCAGUCUCGGCCUCCGCCACCUAUUCCUCAUCACAGACAACAGUCAGACAAGAAUCCUGGGAGCAAUAACUUACAGAAAAUAACCAAGGAGCCGGUAAUUGACUACUUUGAUGUCCAGGACUGAGAAGCUCAAGAUGCACUUAGAUGAAAGAAUGAUUAGGUGGGAUGGAGACUCAUUUGCCAGCAGAUAAAUCAUGCUUGUUCCCAACUUCCUGGUGGACUCACAGCCUCACAUGCUGUCUUGUAUCGAUCUAUCCAAAGCAUGAGUGUGUCAGAAAUCCCUUGUCCUCUAGUCCCUCUCUAUAUGAAGCGUCCCUGUGCAGCCAGAUGCUGACUGCGUGGUCACUCAUAAUUCAGUCAUGUAUUUGCAGAGGCUCCCCACACUUUCACUGUGAUUGCUCGGAGGCUUAGGGGAACAUUGGACUUGGUUUGGACAAGCCAGAAUUUUAGCCUGAAACUGGCUUUAUGGCACUUAGUCAUAACCUCAGUUGUCCCAGUUAUCCAUCCUCCUCCCGAAAAUGCCUGCAACAUCAGAUGCACCCCCCUUUCUUAAUCCAGACUGAUCAUAGUCUGUGAAAAGACACAAGCAAACUUCUCGGUCCGAAAUACCAAACACUGAAUUGGUACGCCGUAUCUGGAAUCACGUGUUGUGUUAAACUUGGCUAUCUUACCUGAGUCUUUUGCCAAAAACUCUCAUAGACCUAUGUAGCUGAACUCAUUUUAGGGGAUCUCAGUACCAUUAGAUCUAAACCUAGCAAAGGAUUUCGGUGGCUUUACAGAAUUCCAUUCUCUCAAGUCCAUGAGCGCCUCAUACCGCAUCACUGAGCCUGUCGGAUGACAGUCACUUUAGCUGUCCGCCGUGGUGGGAGAGGACAUAGAGCAAGCUCCACCUGCCAGGUUCACACUGUGGCCUCUCUGUAUGACCAGUGUGGCCCCAACACCUCUCUGGUUAAGGAAGAGUCUCAGGUAAACUGAGUGCUACCCUGUGUUGCUCUCUGCCAGGCCUGCAGCAGCUGUAUUAGCUGCUCCUGUCUCUGAGUGCUGGGCUUCUGUUUGAAUAGUCAAAAAAGCAUGGGGACAGUCCGGUGCUUAUCUCCGCAGCCCAGUGGAGGCAUUCUUCAGGCUCCUGUAAGGGCCUCUGCAUGGGCGCCCCUCCAGCACAGGGGCCACACUUCCAGAAACUUCCUUCUGCUGCAAAACAAGCCACGAGCCCCAGAGCAACAAGAGAUGUGAGAAACAACUUCACAAAACCCGCACUUAAUUAUCAUAGAGCAGGGCCACCCUUCGGUUCUGGCCCAGACAAUCUGCCUUGAGAGGUAUCAGGUACAGCAGUGGGAGUAGACAACUGAAGGGAAGAGAUGAGCUACAAAGUCACCUAUCUGGGCCCAUUCAGCACAGGGGCGUUGGCUAAAAAGCCCACAAGCAUCUGUUAAAUCUUUCAGUGUGGGUUUAGUGUGUAAACUGUGCACUGAGAGCAUCUCAGAAUCAGCUGGAGGCAGGAAACCUGAUUUCAGAUCCCAGCUCUGCCACAUAACAACUUGCCACUUGGUGGAAUGGAGGUAUCAAACCACCUCACCAAAGUGGCUGUGAUGAUUAAAUGGGAUAACAUGUAGAGGUGCCUGAUCUAUCAUAGGUGUUCAAAAUUUAUGAAAAUUUACUUGAUAUCUAGAAAAUAUGUAAGCAUCUUUUUUUUUUUCCGUAAUACUAGCCAAGUAAAAGGUUAGAAUGCUAAGAAGUCCUCUUGAGGUGAAUGCUUGUGUGCCUUCUUAGCACCAGCCUUGUUCUAGGGCUGUGGGGAACAGAUGUGGCCUGUGUUUUAGUUAGUAUUCAGGUAGGGGUCACGUAUCUGAGUAUAUAUAAUGGAAUUGGUUGGUCUGGCACAAACAGGUCAUUAGUCUUAGUAAAAGCUGAAGAGGGGCACGAGGACUGGGUUAGCUGGUGCUUGAGGGAAGGAACCCUGAUGGGGAAGGGAAGCAGGAGGGAGCAUUUGAGCUGAGUCUGGAGCUGGCCGACUGCUGUUUAGAGGAGGCAGGCGUGCCACAUGAAGGUGGAGGGCAGGAGACAAGGCUGGGCGUGCGGUUUGUGGUGGGCUUGAGGAAGGAAGGGAUCUUCCAGAGUGGGCAGACAGCCGGAAGGACAGGUCAGGAAGCUGAAGAGGUGGAUGCGUCAGCUUGAGAGCCACGGAGAGCCCCCGAAGGAUCCUAAGCAGAGAGUGGCUGGCCUGGAUCUAUGAUCUAGAGCGGGAGCCUGCAAACUUUCCUGUAAAGAGCCAGGUAGUAACUAUUUCAGGCUUUGUGGAUUUCUGUUGCCACUACCCGACUCUGCCAUUGUGUGUGAAAGCAGCCACAGACAAUGCACAAGUGAGUGAGCACGACUCUGUU